AUGAACACUCUUGCAACGCUGUUCCAAAUCAAUUACCGAGCAUGUUCGAAGUGGGUGUCAGUCGGUCCUGUUGUUACCUCCCAGCGUUUCGUUCAGCGCGAGAUGAACACCGUUUUGGGGUUUCACCCGCCAUGCCAAAUUUCCCUGUUACCCCAAUACUUUCCGCUACGACCUACUCAUGCACCGAACCCAAACUCGGGGGUACUUCUCCCGGUUCUUGACCCCGGCUGUGGGUUGUCGAGGAAAGUUAAGAAAUCCGCUUCUUUGUUUGUCCGAACGACUGAGGUUGGACAGGCGCACACCUUCAAAGCCCUUCUAGGGAUUCACUUUUGGACUCAAUUACCGGCGAAUGUUGGCCCCCACGGACGGGGGCGGGAUUUUGACCGGCGAGCUCCUGGUUGGAUCGCGUGGCCUGCUGCCCCCCUGCGGCGUGGAGGUGAGACGAGCGAAGACGACCGCACUACGGCAGACUUCGGACCUCUGGCAUGA